CGCCUGGGACCCCCACCAGAAUAAAAAUUCCCAGCUACGCCGAUGGCCAAUGCAUUGCCCACUCAUCCCCAUCAAACACAAAUAAACGUCUAACGAAGUUUAUUGAUUACGUUAUGCCGAAAAUAAGAAGGCUAAACAAUCUAAAACAGAAGUGUGAAACAGGAAAAAAGCAUCGUUCUAUUCUUUCUAAUCUUGUCAUGAUCGCGUCUCAAAUCACUUCGCGUUCCUACAUGAGUUGGCAUUAUAAUCUUGAAGUUGGUCUGUGUUUCCAUUAUCCAGGCUCACCACUAAACCUUCGGUCGGAGUUGAAGUUGUGUAGCAGGUUUGGUUUGCAGUGAGGUUUUGUUUUGGCGUCGUAAGAUGAAGUCAUCUUUCUUUUUUUCAUUGUGGUGUAUUUUACUAACCUCAAGGUGGACAUCGUCACAAGAUACGGAUUGUCUUACGGUUCAUGCUAAGAAAGGUGAAUGUAUUUUGAUUGUGCACUGCCCAGCAUUGCUAAAAAUUGCCAAAAGUCCGCUGGUUUCAGAAAGUGAACGAAAAUAUCUCCAGGCACAUUUUUGUGGUGAUCGAAAAGUUUGCUGCGAAAAGCCAAGUAUUACUACUGCAACUACUACUGCCACAACUAUAUCACAAAACGACAAUAAAGAAUUCCAAGCAUUAUCAUUGCUAUCGAAUGAGAAAGAUUGUGGGUUGGAUUCCGCAGGCUUUCGUAUCUAUGACGGAGACAGAACUAAUAAGGAGCAAUUUCGAUGGACGGUGGCAUUGGAUUACAAUCUCCCAAACAAAAAAGGCGUUCGGUGUGGAGGUUCCCUGAUCAACACUAGAUAUGUAUUAACUGCUGCACACUGUGUUGACAUUGUGCGGAACAAUAAACAGGAUCUAACUAUUCGCUUGGGUGAAUGGAACAUAGAUCAAAACCCAGAUUGUGAAGAAUUCGACGAAGAAGACUGCAAUCCUGAAGUAAUAUUUGCGAGAGUGGACCAGAUUAUUAUUCACCCUGGGUAUAAAAAACAAGUUCACGAUAUCGCACUCCUAAAAAUGAAGCAAGCCCUUCCAAAAAACUACACGUUACAUAUUUUGCCCAUAUGUGUGCCAUUGUCGACGGAGCUCCUGCAAGAUUCGUUUGUCAACAAAAAUGUCACUGUUGUUGGCUGGGGGCGAAACGAGAAUGGAACUAAAAGUCGUCACAAAAUGUAUGCAGAGAUAACAACUAUUAGCAAUCAACGUUGUGAAGACGAACUAGAAGAAUCCAUAAGUGACAACAAAAUGUGUGCUAAAUCCUUAACGGGCAUCUAUCGCGAGGCCUGUGAUGGAGACUCAGGAGGUCCCCUACAAAUUCAAAUAAACGGAGCGUACUAUCUGAUUGGCAUUAUCAGCCACGGACCGCGUUGUGGCCAAACUACACUACCAGCGGUUUACACCAGAAUCACGUCAUAUGUGGACUGGAUAUUGAAACAAAUCACUGAAUGAUACUAGUUGAAAUGACUUUCAAAUUGUAAUUAAAUUGAUUUUACCGAUCUU